AGCGUCAUAAUUUGAAUUUGUUCUCUGAACAGCUUUGAACACUGACAGCUCCUCUGUGUCCCCAGUCUACACUGUACUAUUAGGACGCUCUCCUUCCCACUCACAUUCUCAAAUCACAUGCCUCUUUUGCUUAGCGAGAGAAACUAACACACAAUUCUUCAUUUCGUUAUAAAAUUGGAGGUUUUGUGAUUAAGAGAAGAUCAAACAAUGGCGGGAUAUGUAGGUGUAUUUGUAUCUGAUCCAUGGCUUCAAAGUCAGUUCACUCAAGUCGAACUUCGCCGUUUAAAAUCUCACUUUAAUGCGAUGAAGAGAGAAAAUGGAGGUCUGAAACUAACAGACUUACCUUCCAAAAUGGCAAGAAUUAAACACGUCGGAGAGAAUCUUACCGAGCAAGAAAGAGAGUCGUUUCUGAGAGAUUCGUACAAAAACUUGGAGGAAGACGUUGAUUUCGAGCUAUUUCUUCAGGUUUAUUUGAAAAUCCAAGCACAUGCUGCUGCAAGGAUGGGAAAUACUGCAAAGAGUUCAUCAGCUUUUGUCAAGUCAGCAACUUCUACAUUGCUCCAUACAAUUAGUGAAUCUGAGAAGGCAUCAUAUGUUGCACAUAUUAACAGCUACCUCGCGGAUGAUGAGUUUUUGAAGAAAUACCUUCCUAUUGAUCCUUUAACCAAUGAUCUCUUUGAGGUUUCCAAGGAUGGAGUUCUUAUUUGCAAGCUCAUCAAUGUGGCUGUACCUGGAACAAUUGAUGAACGGGCAAUAAACAUGAAGAGAAUGCUGAAUCCAUGGGAAAGGAAUGAAAAUCAUACCUUGUGCCUCAACUCUGCUAAGGCAAUUGGAUGUACUCUAGUUAAUAUAGGCACUCAAGACUUCAUUGAAGGAAGGAGGCAUCUUGUUCUUGGAGUGAUAUCUCAAAUCAUUAAGAUUCAACUAUUGGCAGAUCUCAACUUAAAGAAAACACCUCAGCUGUUGGAGUUAGUUGAUGAUAACAAGGAUGUAGAGGAGCUGAUGAGUCUACCUCCAGAAAAAAUCUUGCUCAGAUGGAUGAAUUUUCAAUUGAAGAAAGCUAAAUACGAGAAAAUUGUGACGAACUUCUCAUCGGACAUAAAGGAUGCAGAAGCUUAUGCUCACCUCUUAAAUGUUCUUGCCCCGGAGUACAUUAAUCCUACCACACUCACUGUGAAAGAACAUCUAGAAAGAGCAAAGUUGGUUUUGGAACAUGCGGAUAGGAUGGGUUGCAAAAGAUACUUAACAGCUAAAGAUAUUGUGGAAGGCUCUCCAAAUCUUAACCUUGCAUUUGUGGCACAUAUCUUUCAGCACAGGAAUGGGCUAUCAAAUCAAACAAAGCAAAUAUCCUUUCUGGAGAUUUCACCAGACGAAGCUCAAAUGUCCAGGGAAGAGAGAGCUUUCCGCUUUUGGAUCAAUAGUCUUGGAAAUUCAUCUUACAUAGACAAUGUUUUUGAAGAUCUCAGAAAUGGAUGGUUGCUUUUAGAGACACUUGACAAGGUGUCUCCCGGAAUUGUUAAUUGGAAAAUUGCUACUAAACCUCCAAUUAAGAUGCCAUUCAGAAAAGUAGAAAACUGCAACCAAGUUGUGAAGAUCGGGAAGCAACUCAAGUUUUCUCUUGUCAACAUUGCUGGAAAUGACAUUGUACAGGGAAAUAAGAAAUUAACAUUGGCUUACUUGUGGCAGUUAAUGCGAUGUAACAUGCUUCAGCUCUUGAAAAAUUUGAGAUUUUAUUCCAAUGGGAAGGAAAUCACUGAUGCAGAUAUUUUAGAGUGGUCCAACAGCAAAGUAAGAAAUUCAGGAAGCAAAAGUCGCAUGGCUAGUUUUAAGGAUAAGAGUUUGUCAGAUGGCAUCUUUUUCCUUGAGCUGCUUAGUGCUGUACACCCUCGAGCUGUUAACUGGAGUCUUGUUACAAAAGGAGAAACUGAGGAGCAGAAGAAGAUGAACGCAACCUACAUUAUUAGUAUUGCAAGGAAACUUGGAUGUUCAAUAUUUUUGUUACCCGAAGAUCUGAUUGAGGUAAAUCAAAAGAUGAUGCUUACACUCACAGCAAGUAUAAUGUAUUGGCACUUGAAACAACCAAUGGAGGAUCAAACUUGUGCAUCUUCAGAUAGUGAUAUUAGCUCAUUGGACACAAUCUCAACUUCAACGUUGGAUGAUACUGCUUCUGAGUGUUCAAUGGAUGACAACAGCAACAGAUAACUGCGAAACCUUUUCGUGUGCUGAUUUUAUUUUUUAAAGUUCUUUGUGCUCAUUGUUUGAAAUUUUGAAAAAUUUAGGGUGUAUGGCUUUGUAAGUAGUCAAUCAGUGUUGGUUGCAGUUUUCCUAAAAGAGAAAAUUGUGAAUAUAGUUAAAGAGCUAUUUUGUAUUGUAUAAGAUAUCUUGUUUAGUGUAUUGUAUAUUUGGUUUUAUAUGUCUACUAGUGAAUUUGUAUGUAAAAGACUUAAAAUAUUCUUUUUGUAAUAGCCAAUGAAGAUAUUUUAGUCAUCAAA